CUCCAUACAGGGCCUGCUGUCUGUUUUCAGUGGAGGGAGAUAUCCGAAGAAAAAUGGCGACUGCAGGCGACCUAAAGCGGGACGCCGGCCAUUCUAUUUGAACAUUCUACAAAAAAUUGAGCCCGGGGCUUGGUGGGGCUAAUUGUGACUAUCGCAACGUUGGUUAGGGUUUCCGAGGUUGCCCGGUUUCUCGGGUUUGUGUGGACUAGUCGCGCGCUAAAAUUGAAAUUAAAAAUAAUACAUCUGCUACAAUGCGAGGGAGAAGAGGAAGGCCGCCCAAACAGGCAGCGGAGAUGCAGGAGGUUUCCCCUGGGCCAGUUCGCGGUUCAAGAGGGAGAGGGAGAGGUAACCGUGGUAGGGGAAGGGGCCGAGGACGUGGCCGCGGACGGGGUUCGGUGGUGGAUACCAGCGAUACAGAAAUUAAUCGGAGAGAAAACUACCAUUCGUCCAGGGGCCGGAGGAAAGUUGGAGCAGCGACGACAUCGCGGGGCAGAGGAAGAGGCAGGGGUUCGAGAGGUGGUCGCGGCAGCAGGGGGAGACGGCCACUGUGCAAGGUGGUCUACGAUGACAACAGCGACGAGGAAGAGGAUAAUAUUAGUUUGAGGUCGGAGGAAGACGAACUUUUACACGAGAAUCCUUCCUCAGACUACGAAGAGGAGGCCGUGGGCAAUGAGUCCGAUUUUCUGGAAGAAUUACCAGAUGAGGAUGAUGCUAGCUUCUGUACAGAUAGCAGCUUUCGGAGCCAUGAUAGCACGCAGGGCAGCACUCCAGGCCGGAGGGGCAGACACCCGCACCGGCCCCGCUCGCCCAUCUUCGAGGCCAAGGAGGUGCCCUCCCUGGAGCUGCCCAAGUCCUCAGAGGACUUGCUGGUGCCGGCCAAUCAGCUCCUCAACGUCUCGGCCGUCUAUGAGGUGCUGCGCAACUUCGGCUCGGUCCUGCGCCUCUCGCCGUUCCGCUUCGAGGACUUUUGUGCGGCGCUGGCAGGCCAGGAGCAGUGCACCCUGCUGGCUGAGACCCACACCGCCCUGCUCAAGGCCAUCCUGCGCGAGGAGGACACGUCCAACACUACGUUCGGUCCUGCCGACCUCAAGGACAGCGUCAACUCCACACUCUACUUCAUCGACGGCAUGACCUGGCCCGAGAUGGUGCGCGCCUACUGCGAGAGUGACCCAGAGUACCGGCAGGUGCUCCCUUUACUGGAGGGCGAGGAGUACCCCUACGAUCCCCUCGAGAGCAAAAUUAAGGUCCUUCAAUUCCUUGUGGACCAGUUCCUGGCCACCAACUUGGCUAGAGAAGAGUUAAUGUCGGAGGGGGUGGUGGCGUACGACGACCACUGCAGGGUGUGCCACCGGCUGGGAGACCUCCUCUGCUGCGAGACGUGCUCUGCCGUCUACCACCUGGAGUGCGUGAAACCGCCGCUGGUGGAGGUACCCGAGGACGAGUGGCAAUGCGAGGUGUGCGUGGCACACAAGGUGCCUGGCGUGGUGGACUGUGUGACGGAGGCGCAGAAGAGCAGGCCAUAUAUCCGCCAGCUGCCAAUCGGCUAUGACCGCCACCGCCGCAAGUACUGGUUCCUGGACCGUCGAGUCGUGGUUGAGGAGGACGGCGAGCAGGAGGACAAGACCAUCUGGUACUACAGCACCAAGGUGCAGCUGGCUGAGCUGAUUGACUGCCUGGACAAGGGCUACUGGGAGGCCGACCUGUACGCCACGCUGGAGGAGAUCAGGGACGAGGUGCACACGCACAUGGACAUCACCGAGGAGCUCACCAACAAGGCCCGCGGCGUCAACAAGUGCUUCCUCACCGCUGCCAACGAGGAGAUCCUGGACCGGCUGAGGGCCAAGCAGGAGGAGGUGAAGCGCCGGGCGGCCGAGGAGAGGGAGAAGGCGGAGGCGCAGAAAACUCUCCGGAAGGAGGAGGAGACGGAGGGGGGAGAGCCCAAGGAGAAAACUGAUGAACUCGAGAAGAAGGGAGAUGAGGGAGCAGGGGAGGGUAAGGCUGAGAAGGACAAUGACCAUGCGACCAAGGAGGGGACCACCGUUACAGCUGAGCUGGCUCCCUCUACUGGUGAUGGCUCCAUCCCUGAGGGAAGUAAGCCUGAUCUUCUGGCUCCACAACCCACCCUCCCCGCAACAGAGGCCCCCAGCCCUGCCGUGGGGGGGCAAGACCUCCCUACCGGGGCCCGAGAGUCUGGGGACGAGGCCCUAACCAACAUGGAGGGAAGGCAGGAGGCUGAAGAUAAGGCAGGUUCUGUGUCUAGCUCUCCCAGGGGAGAGGGGGUCCCCAGCCUGAGCCAGCUCUCUCAGCCCGGUGGUGAGGAGAACAGCAACAGCAGCACCAUUGCCAGGGAGGCCCCCAGGGUCCCGGAGGAGCCCGACCUAGCCGACAGAUCCUCUCAGUCUUCUAUCAACAGCCAGGACGACCAGGGGGUGAACGGCGAGACUAGUGGCAAGAGGACGGUUGUCACUCCGGGCGGCCGCAUGGUGACCCGCCUGCGUAACCCGGAGAGUAAGCUGAGCCAGCUGAAGAGCAAGAAGGUGGAGGAAGCCGUUCACGAGGCCAACAAGGGCUACAAGGAGGGCAAAGAGGUGCUGGUGGUGACCCCGGCGGGCGAUGUGUCGCGCCUCAGCACGCGCAGCCUAACAAGCAAGGAGGUGGUGAUGAAGGGCACAAACAGCCACUGCUUCAAGCUGGGCCAGGAGGGCAAGUUCCGCGUCUACCACAACCAAUACAGCGGAAAUACGCUGGCCCUCAACAAGCCCCAGCACCGGGAGGACCUGGACAAGCGGCGACACCUCUCGCACAAGUUUUGCAUGACGCCGGCAGGCGACUUCAAGUGGAACGGCUCCAUCCACGGCUCUAAAGUGCUGACCAUCUCCACGCUGCGUCUCACCAUCAUCCAGCUGGAGACCAACGUGCCCGCACCCUUCAUGCACCCCAACUGGGCCUCACACAGGAACAACUGGAUUAAGGCGGUGCAGAUGUGCAGUAAGGCCAGGGAGUUUGCCCUAGCCAUGGCCAUCUUGGAGUGUGCCAUCAAACCUGUGGCCCUGCUCCCUGUCUGGAAGGACUCUCUGGGACACACCAGGCUACACCGUAUGACGUCCAUGGAGCGGGAGGAGAAAGAGAAGGUGAAGAAGAGGGAGAAGAAGCUGGAGGACGAGGAGACCAUGCAGCAGGCCACCUGGGUCAAGUACACCUUCCCCAUCAAGCACCAGGUGUGGAAGCAGAAGGGAGAGGAGUAUCGUGUGACGGGCUGGGGCGGCUGGAGCUGGAUCAGCAAGACCCACGUGCACUGCUUCCUGACCAAGCUGCCCGGCAACACCAACGCCAACUACCGCGCUGAGCUGGAAGCUGCCAGACGUGGUGAGAAAUGCAACUUGCUGGACUUGGGUCCGAGGCCAAGGUUGUUCAAAACAACUGUAGCUGCAGAACCCCAGGGAAGCAGAAGACCCGUAGAGAAAGAUGGGGGUGCUGCCACCACCACCACGACCACCCCAGAGCCCUCAGCAGACCGCCUGUCGGGAGAGAAGACGAAGGAAAAGCUAGAGGAGGGAAAGAAAGAUGAGAGUGAUGGGCGAGCGAAAGUGAAGUUGCAAGACUCCACUGCAGAGGAGGCUGCUGACAAGAUGGAGGUGGACCCUAGCCUCUCAGACUCAGGACAAGAUGAUGAAAAAGGAACCAGCAGCAGCCCAGGGACCGAGACGACGGAGACGACGUGCGUGAAGCAGGAGCCCGGUGAGGGGAACGCAAGGCCCUUUAACUACGACGUGGUGGACGUGGCCCAGGGCUUCCUGACGCGUGUGGCCUACAAGAAGAAGGUCAAGGCCUCCAAGCUGGAUGGUCUGCUGGAGCGCCGCGUCAGGCAGCACGCCCUGGAGGAGAAGCAGAGAGCUCAGGGCGCCCUGGCCAAGCCUACCCCAGUAAAGACCACCGCGGUCCUGCCACAGACCCCACUCCAGACCCAGAGUCCCACAGUGAAAUUGGAGUUCAGCACCCCUUCGGUGCCACCUGCACUUGCUCCAUUGUCAGUCAAAGGGGAGGUGCAGGCGGACCCUUCAAAGACCGCUGAGGGGGUCCCUCAACCAGCCCCAGCGACCCCAGCUGAAGCAUCCCCACGAACACAAAACCAAAUGACCCCCCAGAAACAGGAGGGAGACCUCCCUGAGAGGACUAUAAGACCCACAGGGGUUGGUUCAGGGCAGGAGGGCUACACUGGCAGACCAUCAGAGUCUACCAGUGCCAAGCCCGCUUCCACCGAGGGUGCAGGACCUGAAGUUGCCAUUUUUAAAUCCCACUCCAAAAUGAUACCUCCAAGCACUAUAACCCAGGAGAGCAGCCAUAGUGCAGCUACCGUUCCUAAACCCCCCCAGCAAAGCACAGGGAAGAACGGGAAGGGGCCUGAGGAGAGGCAGGACAACGGACAGUGCAGCAUCGAGGCCAUCGCCACUGGGUCCCAGCCCUCCUCUCUACCUCAGAUCAAUGGAAAUGACAGUGUGGAGGCUAAAGCCUUGACCAACUCUUUACCAACUCCAAAUGAGGCCUCCAAUACUCUCACUAACAGCUCUGAGGUCAAAGUGAACAGCCUAGGCAAGGCGGAGGGAGAGGGUCAAGUAGUCUUGCCCCUAAAGCCCCUGCUCAACGGCAAUGUGGCCCCUGUAGCCGAGAGGACCGAGCCGGACAGCGCGGAACCAAGACCAGCUCCAAGGGUAGAGUUGGAGAGCAAGAUCAUAGUGUCGGAGCAGGACUACCAGCCCCCGGUGAAGGUGGCCAGGUUGGAAAACAACGUGGAGGCGCUCGGGUCUACGACCACUCAAAGCACCCAGCAGCUCAUCAACACCCAGCCCAUGGAAGUUAAGCCCGAUGCUACCACGACCAACAAAAUGCCCCCCUUGUCGGUGUGCUCUGCAGAGAAGAGCAGCAACAGUGGGGUGGGAUCUCUCUGUAACACCAUACUCACCCAGGUAACCACCACAACAACCACCACCACGGUAUCCUCAGAGUCUCGGCUAACGGCGGGCGUAUCAAGCUCUUCGGGGACGACGGCCGCGCCCAUUGUCUCAACCACCGAGAGCAGCGCGGUGUCCACACUCACCACCAUGACCAAAACCACUGUGACCAAAAUGCGCUCACCCACGCCCGACAGCCAAUCGGACGAGAGCCAGAGCGAAACGGUGACCGAGUACAAGACUGCACUCCUCGCCACCUGCAAGGAGUCCUCUCGUUCAACCUCCUCUGUUUCGGGGGACAUUACCUCGUCGACCUCCACCAAGGGCCGCGUUCACCUCCUCAAGUUCUCGCGCACCAAGAAGACGCGCUCAGGAACCGCCUUGCCAUCCUAUCGCAAGUUUGUUACUAAGAGCCAGCGUAAGAGCAUCUUUGUCCUGCCCAACAAUGACCUGAAGAAGCUGGCACGGCGGGGUGGCAUCCGUGAGGUGUCCAUCUUCAGCUACAACGCCAAGCCGGCCCAGGACAUCUGGCCCUACCCCUCGCCCAGGCCCACCUAUGGCAUCACAUGGAGGUACCGUCUCCAGACAGUGAAGUCCCUGGCAGGGGUCAGUCUGAUGCUGAGGCUACUGUGGGCCUGUCUGAGGUGGGACGACAUGGCCGUCAAGCCCUCCACCGCUGUAGGCACCACACGCACAGCCCUAUCCCCACUCAUUGCCACAGAGACCUCCGAGACGGAGAUCACUACCACAGAGAUUAUCAAGCGCCGCGACGUGGGGCCCUACGGCAUCCGCUCGGAAUACUGCAUCCGCAAGAUCAUCUGCCCCCUCGGGGCUCCCGAGACCCCGAAAGAGACCCACACGCCACAGAGGAAAGGCCUGCGCUCCAGCAACCUGCGGCCCAAGAAGCCAGAGCCCAAGAAGGAAACUGGGCCGGUGGUGAUUGAGUCCUGGGUUGCCGAGGAGGAAUUGGACCUCUGGGAGAUCAGGGCCUUCUCUGAGAGGGUUGAGAAAGAGAAAGCCCAGGCGGUGGAACAGGCCAAGAAGCGUCUGGACCAGAAAACUGGUGCUGGCUCUAUCAUCGUCACCACCCCGGGGAGCCCAGCCACCCCCGCUUCCACCCCCAAGGUAGUGACCCUAUCGGGCCAGGCCACCCCCGGAACCAAAGUGGUACUGGCCACCAAGAUGGGCACCCCCGUCACCUUCCAACAGAACAAGAACUUCCAGCAGUCAUUUGCUUCCUGGGUCAAGCAGGGGCAGCCCAGUGGAGCCUCGCCGGGCACGGUAGCCACGUCAGCCGGACAGACUUUCCAGAUCACGGGCACGUCCAUGGGGGGCAAGGUCCUCACCGCCAAGCUGCCGCUGCCCGCCAACAGCAAGAUUGUCACUGUCAACGUGCCAACCACUCAAGGAGGUAUGAUUCAGAAGCAGGUGCUGGGCAUCAUUCCCACAAGCCAAGCUGGCGGCGCCCAGACCUUCGCCUCGUUCCAGCCUCGCACCACAACCAUCAACAUCAGGCCAGGCAUGCCUGGCUCACCACAGCAGGUGCUCACCGCUGGAGGCCAGAUCCGUCCGGGGAUGACCGUGAUCCGCACGCCCAUCCAUCAGACAGGCACCAUGGGUAAGACCCUCCUCCAGACACCCCUCAUGGUGCAGCAAGGUCAGGCUGGCCAGCAGGUGGUGACCCAGAUCAUCCGUGGGCAGGCUGUGUCCACAGCCAUCUCAGGUGCCAGCCCCGUCACCACCGUGGCCGGGCAGAGGGUGGGCAGUGCCCCCAAAACCCCGGGCCAGCCCAACACGGCCCAGACACCCCAGCAGCGGGCACAGCAGGGCCAGGUCAAACUCACCCUGGCACAACUCACCCAGCUCACCCAGAAGCAGCAGAGCCAGGCAGUAGAGCGGCCAGGCGGCGGGGCCCAGGGCCUGACGGUGAUGAUCCAGGGCCAGGGCCAGGCCACGGGCCAGCUGCAGGUCAUCCCCCAGGGGGUCACGGUCAUCCCCGGGCCCGGUCAGCAGCUCAUGCAGGCGGCCAUGCCCAACGGCCAGGUCCAACGCUUCCUCUUCACCCCCAUGGCCCCUGCCGCUACCCCAACCUCCACAGCCCCCACCGCCCCGGGUCAGACCACCAAGGCCCCUGCCCAGCCCGCCCAGCAGGCUGCAGCUCCCAUCCAGGCCGGGGCCGCCCUGGCCACCAGCACCCCCCCAUCCGCCACCCCCCAGAGCCAACUCCCCUCCCAGACCCAGGCCCACAUGCCCAUCCAAUCCCCAACCCCCCUCCAGGUCAAGUCCCUCAAACACCCCCCCGGCACCCCCAUGGGCCGGCCCCAGCAGACCCUCCAGCUCCAGGGCUCCCCCCACCAGCUCAUCACCGUCCCGGGCCUCCAGCAACAGGUCCAGGUCCUGGCUCAGCUCCAGGCCCAACAGGGGACCUCCGGAGGCGCUCUCCCCCAGCAGAUCAAGCUCCAGCUUCCCAUCCAGAUACAGCAACCCGGGGUCGGUGGAGCCCAGCCUGGAGGUUCGAUCCAGAACGUGGUGACCAUCCAGACAGCCAGCGUGCAGGAGCAGCUCCAGAGGAUCCAGCAGCUGAGGGAGCAGCAGCAGCAGAAGAAGAGGCUGGCGGCCGAGGCCAAGCGGGAGCAGGCGCUGGCGGCAGCCAGUCAGAGCCACAUCAUCCAGAAACAGGUGGUGAUGAAGCAGAACGCAGUGAUCGAGCACCUCAAGCAGAAGAAGCCCAUGUCCCCCGCCGAGAGAGAGGAGAACCAGAGGAUGAUUGUGUGCAACCAGGUGAUGAAGUUCAUCCUGGACAAGAUCGACAAGGACGAGAAGCAGGCGGUCAAGAAGAGGAAGAAGGAGGAAGCAGGCGAGCAGAAGAGGACCAAGGCCAAUGCCACCAAGCUGUCGUCGCUGCUCUGCCGGCACAAGGAGACACUCAAGGCCGAGAUCCUCAAGAAGAGAGCCCUACUGGACAAGGAGCUGCAGCUGGAGACGCAGGAUGAGCUGAGGAGGGACCUCGCCAAGCUGCGGCGGGACAAGGAAAGGGCCCAGGCCGCCGCCCACCAGGCGGCCGCCGCCGCGCACACGCAUCAUGCCCUCGCACACACCUCCCAACUCAACCCGGCGGCCUUCGUCCACAAGCGGAAGCGAGAGGAGGAGAGGGACGCGGCGUCAACGGCUAACGCCAAGAAGAAGAAGAUGAUCACCACCACUACCUCAGACAGCAAGAAGGAGAUCAAGCUGUACUGUGUCUGCAGAACGCCCUACGACGAGUCCAAGUUCUACAUUGGCUGUGACCUGUGCACCAACUGGUACCACGGCGAGUGUGUGGGCGUCACCGAGAAGGACGCCAAGAAGAUGGACGACUACAUCUGCAGCGAGUGCAAGCGGGCCCAGGAGGGAAAGACCGAGGAGCUCUACUGCAUCUGCCGAACGCCCUACGACGAAGCACAGUUCUACAUUGGCUGCGACCGCUGCCAGAACUGGUACCACGGCCGUUGCGUGGGCAUCCUGCAGAGCGAAGCCAACCACAUCGACCAGUACGUGUGUCCGCAGUGCCAGUCCACAGAGGACGCCAUGACAGUGCUCACGCCGCUCACCGACAAGGAUAACGAGGGGUUAAGGAGAAUCCUGCGCUCCUUACAGGCUCACAAAAUGGCGUGGCCGUUCCUGGAGCCGGUGGACCCGAACGACGCCCCAGACUACUACGGAGUCAUUAAGGAACCAAUGGAUCUUUCUACGAUGGAGGAGCGGUUGCAGAAGCGCUACUACAUCAAGCUGACAGAAUUCGUGGCGGACAUGACCAAAGUCUUUGACAACUGCCGUUACUACAACCCCAGCGACUCGCCGUUCUACCAGAGCGCCGAGGUCCUUGAGAACUUCUUCGUCCAGAAGCUCAAAGGGUUCAAAGCCAGCAGGUCUCAUAACAACAAACUGCAGUCUACAGCAUCUUAGAAUACACAGUCGGCACUCCUUCUAAAGCUUACUGUCAAAAUGGCUGCCGAUGUGGUUCCCCCUGAACACUCAUACUCCAAUGGGGAAGCCAGGCUACUUCUUACGUGUCCACACACAUACCACCACACCUGUCGGACUUGGGAGUGGGAGUUACACCCCCGUUUAAAACCAGCACACACUCCUCGAAGAUCGUAGCCGACGCAUGCUUCAGGCCGAACGGCCUUGUUACCAAACCGUAUGAGCCCUCGCCACUCCUCAACCACCUCUAAGGCCGUGGAAAGAGAAGAGACUGGCAGUGGAAGGUUCCAUUAUCCAAACCCUUAGUAUUCAUGAUGGGAGAUACCACAUCUCCAACAGACGGGGGGAGGGAGGCUCAGACUUUCAGUUCACAGCCUGUUUCCUUCCUUCAAAGCACUUCCGAUCUGGUGGAUGAAAUGGAGGGAUGGCGGGAGAAAACCCCCCUGAAGUCAAUAAGCUAAUGGGCCGUUCAAGGGCAGUACGAAACAAGGCAGCAGUAGACUCUUUUCAAGUUGUUUAUUCCGUAACUAAUCUCACAUCUCUUUUGUAUCAGCUAUUCUUCCUUCCCUGGGGGUCAACUCCCAUUUCAGACUGUGUAUGUCCCAAAUGUUACCAUAUUCCCUAUAUAGUGCACUACUUUUGACCAGAGCCAUAUGGGCCCUGGUUCAAAAGUAGUGCUCUAUAAAGGGAAUAGGGUUCCAUUUGGGAUGACAACCACUGACACUUUCCAGCUGUCUCUGCUUUCUCAUCUCGUGAUCCCUCAUUCGAAAUGGGUCUAAAUGGCACACACCUGUUUGGCUGCUUGUGUUUGGAACGAGCUGAUCCUAGAUCAUCGUGAACUCACUUGGUGCCACCUUGAAGAUGUAUGUGCCCUGACCUCCAAACAGGCCAUGGAGAGUCCCAAGUGACCAUUUCUAUGUCAUGUCUCACUGUGGAAAUGCUAUCCUGUUUGUAAAAAAAUCUUUUUUUCUGACGUUGAACCUCUGUUUUCCUUUUUCUUUGUUACCACCUAAGAUGGGAAUAUUGGUGUAUAUAAAACAGCCGACAGAGAAAACAAGCUCUAUUUCUUGCCAUGUAGAGGCUUCUCUAACAUUUUUAAUUGAAGACAUUCAUCCGAUGAAAACAAGAAAAGCACUCCGAAGUCCUUCCACAGGAAAAUAACCGAGGAUGGACUUGGAGAAUGUGAAAACCGUUAAAGGGCAUAUUUAACCUAAGUGUACUGACCAUCCACACCGCAACCUCCCCUCUCUCCCCCAAUGUUUUGUCAAGAAGGUUGGAUCACAUGCAUCUCGCAACUCAUAGGCCCCCUAUAAAGGAUUAAGUCAAAUGCUUUUGAGUUUUCCACUGCAUCAAGUAAACAUGUUGUGGUCUAGAACAGUAAAUCAGAAAGUCAAAGUUGAGGAAUCUUUAUUUUAAAUUGGGGUUUGUAUGAAGAUUUUUUUUAGGAACUUGCAUUUUUAUCAUAUUUGGAACUCUUCUAAACUGUAAUAAUUGUGUCGAGGCAGUACUGUUUGUUGGGGGGGGAGAACAUUUUUAGAGUUGUCACUGGUGCUCUUAGUUAAUAUCUCUUAAAGAUCAACUUAAUAGUAGGGGGAGCCUUAGGUUUGAAGAGGGGUUGGGGUAAAUUUCAUUUCAGUUUUGGAAGUGAACUGAAAUUUCCAUUUUCAAUGGAGUUUUAGUUUACUUCCUGAAUUGAAAUGGGGAUAACCGAAACCCUGGUUUGAAGUGCCAACAACUUUUUCGGAGGUGGACUGAGUUGAGAGAUGAGGUGACCGAAGCCUGUUUGUCAGUCCUAUUCACAGACCUGUUUGCAUUUCAAACCAUGCACUCCAGUUUCUAUUCUUACAUGCAUCGUCCACCAUUUGUAUUUCAUAUUGUAUAAUAUGGCUGUCAAUAUACAAAGAGAUUUUAGAGGUUUUUAGAGCAUUAGUACUUUUAUUUUUGUCCAUUUUUAACCAGCAACUAAGCCUACCUGUACAUUCAAUAGAUAUUCUCUAUCUUUUGUCAAAGUGAACUCUACAUUUAGGUAAAAUUGCCCUUUAUAUUAAAAGUGCUGCAUAUUGUGUGCAUAUUGAUUUAAAACGGGGUGGAGAAUGUUGACUCUUCUUGAAGAUUUUCUUUUUUAAAGAACCAACCAGUUCUACACAUCUCUUAAUAACUUCAUCACAAUAUCUGUUUUUAUUUAUUCAUAUUGCUGAAAAUAUUACAUUUUUUAGUAAAUGUAAGAGGAAACAUAACUGGGGAAAAAUACUAUGUUUUUAACAGAUUGUGGCAACUCUUAAGAGAUCCUUUUUUGUACUUGAUAGGACAUUUCAUCCAAGAUAAUAAAGUCAUGUUUUUGACAUUGA